UCCUGUGUUACCGCCCUUGGGCUGAGUGAGAAAUCAAGUGGUGAAGACAUCGCAUUCAUUGGGAAGACUGGCAUUAUUUGGAGAUUACUUAGUUAGGUCCCAUUAGCCUAAGGUAGCCUCUCCCUGGUCUGGAGCAGUGAGUCUGAGAGGGAACAACAUUGUGGCUGUGGUCUGCUUUUCUCUGUUGCUUAGCAAACUGUAGCCGGCGCCAUGGCGUUGUCAUUCAAGAAGGACCUGGAAAAGUAUAAGGAUCUCGACGAAGAUGAAAUCCUCAACAAACUGUCUGCGGAGGAGCUCAAACAGCUGGAGACAGCCCUCGAGGAGAUGGACCCUGAGAAUGCUCUUCUCCCAGCGGGCAUGCGUCAGAAGGACCAGACAACUAAGAAAGCAACAGGAUCAUUCAACAGGGAUGGUCUUCUCAAAUACCUGGAGAAGGAAGCCAUGGAGUACAAGGACAGAGAUGAUAUAGUGCCCUUCACUGGGGAGAGAAAAGGUAAAGCAUUUGUUCCCAAGCAGAAGCCAAUAGAAACAUGCAAGGAGGAAGUCACGACCCUCGAUCCAGAAUUAGAGGAAGCCUUGUCCAGCGCCACAGAUACAGAACUGUGUGAUCUAGCAGCGAUCCUGGGAGUUCACACGCUGGUCACCAGUAGUCAGACAUAUGAUGGGACUGCAUCUAAAGAGGGUUUCAACAAUGUGAUCAAAGGGGAGAAGAUGAAUCCAGUGUUUGAUGAGCCGCCCAAUCCCACUAAUGUAGAAGAAACUCUGCAGAGGAUAAAAAGCAAUGACAGCUCCUUAACAGAGGUCAACCUCAACAACAUAAAGAACAUUCCUAUUCCCACGCUGAAGGACUUUGCGAAAGCCAUGGAGAAGAACACGUCGGUCAAGAAGUUCAGCCUGGCAGCGACACGGAGUAACGACCCAAUUGCUGUGGCGUUCAGUGACAUGCUGCGAGAGAACAAGACAUUGCAAAGUUUGAACUUGGAGUCCAACUUUAUCACCGGGGCAGGGGUGCAGGCUUUGGUCGAUGCGUUGAGAGACAACGACACACUCACAGAGAUCAAAAUAGACAACCAGAGGCAGCAGCUGGGUACUACCGUAGAGAUGGAGAUAGCUAAAAUGUUGGAAGAGAACAACAGCAUAGUGAAGUUUGGCUACCACUUUGCCCAGCAAGGACCUCGCUCCAGGGCUGCUGCAGCUAUCACCAAGAACAACGACCUGGUGCGCAGGAAGCGAGUGGAAGGGGACCUGUAGGGACGGAGCCCAGCCGGUCUCCCAGCCAAUCGUGUUGUUUCAUCUCACCAUGUGGAAUAAUUUCAGCCAACGCCCUGGUCUCAUCUCACUGUGUGGAAACUUUAGUCCUGUGCCAAAAUGCGGGGCAAGGCGUGCUCAACCAGAACAUACAUCUGAGAAGAAGGGAAAUAACUGGAAUUGCCCUCUCCCAUUUACAUGUUCAUACUUAUGUUUAUUAUUAUGUUGCUAUUGAAGGUGUAAAUCUGAUUAGUUUUUAGUCAUUUCAUUUCAGCUGCUCCUUUUUUUGAGCCUUUAUGUGAUCCUUUUUUCCCCCCUUUUAUACUACGCUAUAAUCAUGUGGAAUAUACAUGAACAUUACUAAGUAACAAUAACAUCUUUGUCAAAACAAUAACGAACGUUGAGAAAGCCCUGUAUCCUCUGCUAUGAUAGUUUGAGGCCUAAGCUCCCAGUGGAAUACCUAUGUUGAACCAGCAGAAUUUGUAAUUAGAACGAUAGAUCUAGACUUAAGUAUCAGAAAGUGAAGUGAAGCAAAGUCAUUCGGGUCUGUUAGGACCAAAGCUUACUGGCAGAAUGGUGAUAGCCUAGCCAUGACUACUGUAAAUGUUGUCUGACUGUACAGCUGUAAGAUAACACAAGUUAUCUUAAAGUAACAUGGUGAUCAGAUCACUGUUGUGCAUUCCAUCUGCAUGGUGGUUUGCAGGUGUUGUUUAUUGGAGUUGCCUUGUAAAGUCACCUGAAUGUCUGGCUGGUGUGUCUAACGGUUAAAGGAAUAGGUAGAAAUAGAUUUUUUUGGAAGAAGGGUUGUAUGAGGUAUGUAUCCAUAGUCAGUGUUUUACCUACAGUAGAUAGAAGAAGAAGACAGCGUAUUUUAGCCAACUUAAAAAAAAAAAAAAAGUUUAAGUGUGUGCUACAUUUGCAGUACCUUCUUCUUCAACUCCACCAGACUCCAUUGACAAAAACAGUCAUUUUAGCUUGCAGAACAUGGGUGUUGCUGCCUCGAUUGGUUAAUUUGUUUGUGUCAUUGUGUGAUUUUGGGGUUUUUAGGGGUUAGUGUGCAUUGAGCAAAGUUGCACAAUAACACAAACAAACUAAACUGCUGAGGCAGCGAUGGAUAAGUAACUCCUGUGUUCUGCUAGAUAAAAUGACUGUUUUUGUCAGUGGAGUCUGGUGGCCUACACUUCAACUAAUAAACUCAAAAUGGAGUGUGCCAACAGCCAUCUACUGUAGGUAAUACACUGACUGUGGAUAAGUACCUCAUACAUCCCCAUUAAAAAUAUCGGAGCUAUCCCUUUAAGCUUUUGCUGGCUCAACCCCUUAUAUGAAUUCUGUAUGUAUCAAUGCAUAAUGUUUUAUAUGACUUUACUGUUUUACUGACUAAAAAUCUGUUUUUCAUAUGGUUCAAAUUCUGAUUACUUACUGUACACUGUAUCCCUUAACAGGAAAUUACAGCUAGGUUUGGAUAUUUUGGAUCAAAUAAAAGUAGGAUUGUAUUGUAAAAGGAACAGGAUAUUAACUCCAGUCUAGACUGAAGAGGCUUUGACCUGCUCUUACAAAUGAAGCUGUAAAUGUCUGCUCGACACACUGGGUUUCUCUGAUGCUUAACCAUGCCAAAGACUAACACAUGCAGUGCUUAAAGUAUCAAUAUGUAACAAAACGGUUCAGGGUUUGGCUUUGUCAUCUACAGUCGCUUCCUUGCAGUACACAUUCUGGGUAGGGAGUCUGUGGGUUAACAACAAGUAGGGCAUUUUUGAAGAUUACAUUAUGCCAUUACAUUUUGUUUUAUAUUUCAUUUUGUGGGUCAUUUAUAGCAAAGUGUUCAGCAAGUACUUCACUGAGAUGUGAGGAGGAGUUGGUAUGUUCUACUUCUCAGGUUGCGACUACUUGUGAAAUUUUUCUAUGAAGUGCAUCUCUGAAAUAGUUCACUUUUCCUACUCCCUCGUUCACACUUUCACUCGGCUCUCAGCAGUAGCAUGUCAUUCAUUAUGUAACGGAUUACAACAUGCUGUUUGUGCCUCAGACUGAACUUCCUGAGGCACACUAACCUGCUUGAGAUGGGUAUAACAGGACUAAUUCAGGAUUACUUGAAACUUGUAUAUACUGUUUAUGUGUAAUAGGAACAAUAUGCUGGCAUGAACAUCACUCGUGAACAUCAUGUUUCUAUCGACCAAAAAUGUUCUUUCAUCUUAACAGCCUCACAUUCCUUGGACAAGAGCUGUAUGUUUGACUUCAAUACCUUGGGUUUUAUAUCUGUGUACUUCUUACAUGGUCAUAUCUGCAAGUGUUUCUUAUUUGUUUUUACAUGACUGUGCUUUGCUGGUGGACCUUCAGCUUCAGUGGAAAAAUUGCUUCUUUGCCUGGGCUUGUUGACAAUAUUCUGUGAUUCAUAAUAUGUUUAUUAAUUGUAAAAUGCCAUCUCAAAUUUAAAGUGCACACACACUCACGCACUUGUAUGCGUGUGUAGCACAAUCUACACAGCUCAUCACUGAGAUUCUUUUGUACCUUAAAUCCCAACCCAGGUGUAGACUCGAUACAAGGAAUAUGUACUAUUAUAAAACCACAAGACUGGUAAAACGCACUGCUGAAUAUAAGACAUCCUCAAUAAUAAAUGUUUUUACAUA